GUUCCCCCUGUCGUCGGGCAUUUGGUCGAGAAAAGAAGAGAGUGCACGCAGAAGAAAGAAGUUUUUUCUGCAAGAAAAUCGUCGAUCUCUACAACAACGAUGACGAAGAAACGAAAGCACGAUGAUGUAGCAGCUUCGUCGACCGCCAGCUCUGCUACUAAUGAUGCGGCCAAGGACGACAAAAAUGGCACCACCAGCAUAACGGAGGGAUCCUCCGUGAUGAUUUUCCCCGCUAACCAGGAAUCGGCCGUCUUUUACAACCCCGUCCAAGUCCAGAAUAGAGACCUGUCCAUCUUGAUGAUCAGCCUCUACGCUGAGCGACGUGCCAUUCGACGUGCCGUGAAACAAAAGAAGAAGGAACUGAACAAACAGCGGCAAGCGGAAACAGAUAAGGAAAAAAGGAUGUCGAAGGAAGAGCUUGACAAACAACUGAAGGCUUACGAGGAAUCGCUGGACGGCUCUCAAUUAGCAAAGGAGACUACGGAGGCGAAAGAAAACAACAACGGAAUCACAAUCUUGGAUGCCUUGGCGGCUUCUGGAUUGCGAUCCAUCCGCUAUUGGAAAGAAAUCCCGGGGGUGAAACACGUCACAAUCAACGAUAUGGAGGAAGCGGCGGUGGAGCGCGCCAAGGAUAAUCUCCGCAACAACAAAAUAGAACCCUCCGUGAUUUUGGAGGACAACGCCGAGCGCAACAGUGGAAUAUGUGUCAACCACGGCGACGCGACACACGAAAUGUACAUGUCUCGGAGGCCACAGAGUCUGGUGAUCAACGAAGUAACAAAGCUUUCGGCAAAGCAGCAACCCAUGUGGGACGUCAUCGACCUCGAUCCGUACGGGAGUGUCGCUCCAUUUUUGGACGGGGCCGUUCAGGCAGCCGAAAACGGUGGUCUCCUCUGCAUCACCUGUACCGAUAUGGCCGCCCUGGGCGGGUCCCAUCCGGAAACAGCCUACGGACGAUAUGCAAGUCUCCCCAUUCAGUCGGCCAAGUACCUACAGGAAUUGGCGCUGCGGAUUUUGUUGCACACCACCGCCGUGUCCGCGGCGAAGUACGGAAGGACCAUUCGGCCGAUUCUUAGCGUCGGAAUGAAUUUCUACGUCCGGGUCUUUGUCGAGAUCGUCAACGACAAGAAGGGUGUCAGCGAUUUGUCUCUGAUCAAUGGAAAUGUCUACCAAUCGACCCAGUGCUCCUCCUUUGUGACGAUUCCCCAGGGACAAAAGGGCGGGAAGAACAACAACGGAUACCAAUCGUCUCGGGUGGAACCAUCAAAAUGCCCCGAAACCGGGGCGCCCUUCAAAAUCGGUGGACCCCUCUGGCUGGGCCCUUUGCACGACCAAACAGUCGUGAAGGUUGCACUGGAACGCCUGGCAAACAAGGAGUGCAAGGCCCCCAACAUGGAACUCAUCGCGACCCGGGAGAGAUUGCAGGGCCUCCUGACCUCGGUGUCCGAAGAACUGGACACGCCUCUCUAUUACACCCUCCCCGGAUUGUGCCAGGCCUUGCGCUGCAGCUGUCCUCCACUCAGGGAAUUCAAGGGAGCGAUUCUCAAUGCUGGUUACAAGGUGAGCGGGUACCACAAGGAACCGAGCGCGAUCAAGACGGAUGCCCCCGGCCACGUCGUCUGGGACAUUAUGAGGGCAUGGGUGGAAAAGAAUCCAUUGAAAAAGAAGCCGGCCGAGGGCAGCGUCGCCGAAAAAAUCCUCGCCGUUGAGCGCAGCCUGAAAGAAGUGGACUGGUCGGUUCCGGAGUCGCUGAAACGCUCCGCAAUGGUCGAUGGAAAGAAGAAAAAGAAGAUAUCUCGGUUCCCGCUGAAUCCCGAAAAGAACUGGGGACCGAARCGGGCGGCAACCGGGAAAAAAGAAGCCACCGACGACAAAACGGGAAGCAGCGAGACUGUCAAAGAAGGAAGUGAAGACACCGAAAUGAAGGUGGUCGCCGAAAAAUAAAGAGCAGAAAAAGAACGGAACGAUGGCAGCGUCGAACGACGUGUUGGAACGAAUGGUCAUAAUUUUUUAAUAUCAGAAAAUAUCGUCUGCCUUCAAUUGUAGUACUCUGUCACUUUUGAAUGCUAUCUCACCUAUGCUAGAAAAAGCUCUUCAGGCAGUUGUGUAGCGCUUGAUAUGACUGUUUAAAAAAWUUCUAGAGGAUCA